AUGUGGGGACACAACAACCAAAGCUUCCAAGGAGAAUUUAUCUUGCUGGGAGUGGCUGACCGGCCCCGCUUGGAGAUGUUGCUCUUUGCCCUUCUUCUUGUCUGCUACUUGAUGAAUCUCCUAGGCAACACAACCAUCAUUGUGGUGUCAAGACUAGAUCCAGGGCUCCACACUCCCAUGUAUUUCUUCCUCAGCAAUCUUUCCUUAGUUGACCUCUGUUUCUCCACCAGCCUUGGGCCCCACAUUCUGGUGAACUUCUGGAGAAAAAGCAAGACCAUCUCUUAUGGUGCCUGUGUGGCUGAGCUCUACAUCUCUCUUAGUGUGGGCUCCACGGAGUGUAUUUUGUUGAUGGUCAUGGCCUAUGAUCGCUAUGCCGCUAUCUGUCACCCACUGCACUACACUACCACUAUGAGUCACUCUCGGUGUAUGACCAUGGCUGCUGUCUCCUGGGUUAGCGGCUUCAGCAAUUCAUUAAUUCAAACAGUGAUGAUUCUUAGGCUUCCACUGUGUGGGCGAAAUCAGUUAGAUCAUUUCUUUUGUGAGCUCCCUGCCAUUCUUAAAUUGGCUUGUGUUGACACUUCAGCUAAUGAGCUUUCGGUACUUGUGUGUAGUAUAUUGUUCCUCCUAGUACCAGUUAGUCUCAUCACAGUCUCAUAUGCCUAUAUAGCUACUGUGGUGCUGAAGAUGCACUCAGCUGAGGCCAGGAAGAGGGCCUUCAACACUUGUUCCUCCCACUUGAUGGUGGUCUGGCUCUUCUAUGGCACAUCCAUCUUCAGUUAUCUGCUGCCUCGCUCCUCCUCCUUCCGCGAUGAAGUCAAGCUAACUUCCCUUUUCUAUGCCUUUGUCACCACCAUGCUUAAUCCACUGAUCUACACUCUGAGAAAUAAAGAGGUACACAAAGCUCUCCAAAGACUACUCCAUAAGAAAUAA